GGAGCCUCUCCGCGGCCACCACGCUUCUCCCGCUGGAACCGGCGUCCAGCUUGGCUGCCCCUUGACCUUUUUCUGCAGCGCCUCUGGGCGCUCUGCGCCCCGCAACCCUGCUCGUUUCUCUUGAAAGCGGGCGGGGCGCUUUGCAGGAUCCCGCCGCCCCUCCACCCGGAUCUCGGGCCAGUGCUCCUCAGAGUGAGGUGCUGUCCGGACUCCUGCCCCGCCACCCCUGACCGCCGGGGGGUGCCCCAGGGUCGUAGCGCCGCGGAGAGGAGGAGGCAAAAGGGACCAUGCGGCGUCUGACUCGCCGCCUGGCGCUGCCGAUCUUCGGGGUGCUGUGGAUCACGGUGCUGCUGUUCUUCUGGGUAACGAAGAAGAAGUUGGAGGUGCCGACCGGACCCGAAGUGCAGACCCCCAAGCCUUCUGAUGCUGACUGGGAUGACCUGUGGGACCAGUUUGAUGAGCGGCGGUAUCUGAACGCUAAAAAGUGGCGCGUUGGUGACGAUCCCUAUAAGCUGUAUGCUUUCAACCAGCGGGAGAGUGAGCGGAUCUCCAGCAAUCGGGCUGUCCCGGACACUCGCCAUUUGAGAUGCACCCUGCUGGUAUAUUGCACAGACCUCCCACCCACCAGCAUCAUCAUCACCUUCCACAACGAGGCUCGCUCUGCCCUGCUCAGAACCAUCCGCAGUGUAUUAAACCGCACCCCUAUGCAUCUGAUCCAGGAAAUCAUAUUAGUGGAUGACUUCAGCAAUGACCCGGAUGACUGCAGACAGCUCAUCAAGCUGCCCAAGGUGAAAUGCUUGCGCAAUAAUGAACGCCAAGGUCUGGUCAGGUCCCGGAUCCGGGGUGCUGAUGUGGCCCAGGGCACCACUCUGACUUUCCUGGACAGCCACUGCGAGGUGAACAGGGACUGGCUCCAGCCCUUGUUGCACAGGGUGAAAGAGGACUAUACACGGGUGGUGUGCCCUGUGAUUGAUAUUAUUAACCUGGACACCUUCAACUACAUCGAGUCUGCUUCAGAGCUCAGAGGGGGAUUUGACUGGAGCCUCCACUUCCAAUGGGAGCAGCUCUCCUUAGAACAGAAAGCUCGGCGCCUGGACCCCACUGAGCCGAUUAGGACACCAAUCAUAGCUGGAGGGCUCUUCGUGAUCGACAAAGCCUGGUUCGAUUACCUGGGGAGAUAUGACGAGGACAUGGACAUCUGGGGUGGGGAGAACUUUGAAAUCUCCUUCCGAGUGUGGAUGUGCGGGGGCAGCCUAGAAAUCAUCCCCUGCAGCCGGGUGGGGCAUGUCUUCCGGAAGAAGCACCCGUAUGUUUUCCCUGAUGGAAACGCCAACACCUAUAUAAAGAACACCAAGCGGACAGCUGAAGUGUGGAUGGAUGAAUACAAGCAAUAUUAUUAUGCUGCCCGGCCUUUUGCUCUGGAGAGGCCCUUUGGGAACAUUGAGAGCAGACUGGACCUGAGGAAGAAUCUGCACUGCCAGAGCUUCAAGUGGUACCUGGAGAAUGUCUAUCCAGAACUCAGAGUCCCCAAGGAGUCUUCCAUCCAGAAGGGCAACAUCCGACAGAGGCAGAAGUGCCUAGAAUCUCAAAAGCGGAACAACCCAGAGAUGCCGAAUGUAAGGUUGAAUCCCUGUAUCAAGUUCAAAGGCGAGGAAGCAAAGUCCCAGGUGUGGGCCUUCACAUACACUCAGCAGAUCAUCCAGGAGGAGCUGUGCCUGUCAGUCAUCACCUUGUUCCCUGGCGCCCCUGUGGUUCUUGUCCUUUGCAAGAACGGAGAUGACCGACAGCAAUGGACCAGGACUGGGCCCCGCAUCGAGCAUAUUGCAUCCCACCUCUGCCUAGACACAGACAUGUUCGGCGAUGGCACCGAGAAUGGCAGGGAAGUCGUUGUCAACCCAUGUGAGUCCUCACUUAUGAGUCAGCACUGGGAGAUGGUGAGCUCUUGAGGACUUUUGUGGAAUCCAGUAUGGGCUUCAGGGUCGUGUUUCCCUACACCAGAACAGAUUGGAAGCCCACCCACAAGGACUCCAGAUGCCCUGGCCUAGGAGGCAGAGGCAAAGCCUCCAGGACAAGAGCACUGUCUCAGGGAGGAAAGAGGAAAAGAUGGUGAGCCAGCUGGGCUCCAAGACAAAUUCUUACGUUCUUAAUGCCGUUCGGUUCAGUUCUGGCCGGAGCUUCUUCUGAUGGAUAUCUGGAUACAGAGAUCUAAUAGAAGUAUGUGUUUUGCCUUUUUUUCAAGAGUCACUCUACAGAGAGCAAGGCCUUCCUUGUAACCAGGCCAAGACUAAAUUUAGAGCUGAACAAUGAAGGUUGUUUUCAAAGCAAAUAAAGAUUACUUUAGACAUUGUC